AUGGUUGCGGAGUCCACCCCGUCUGCUUCACGGUCGGCCUACCAGAACCUCCUGCAGGCCCUGGUGUACGAACGAAAGUCUAUCAACGACGCCUAUGACUCUCUCUUGGGACUUGUGGAUCGGAACCUCCGCGACGACCCCACGACGACCCCUGUCACACAUGUUUUGCACGGCUUGACCGGAAUGCUGCGCUUCAUCUUUGAGCGGCUGUACCAGCACACCAGUGAGACCGCCCUAACCUUUGUGAAGGAGAUGGGUGUGGCGGAGGAGAAGUCAUGCCUGGGCGCGGUGGCGGCGCUGCAUGAUGCCAUUAAAGCGAAGCUCUUUGCCCUCAACGUGCGAAGGGACGAGGCCGAUCUGCGGGCCACUCCAGCCGGGGAGGGCGGGGACAAGUUGAGGGGCGGGUGCCAGAAACGUUAUGUCUUUGCAGUUUCAUCCCAUUACGACUGGGGGACGAAGCUCGAGCUCCUGGAGACCCUCAUACACAAGCUUAACCACACAACUGUAGUGUUGCAGCGGUGUGAGGCGAGUAAGGAGCCCAGUCUUGCGCAGCAGCUCGGAUGCAAUGUUCUUGUCUCACCGCUAACACCAACCGCACCCUGUGCCAUCCUGUAUGCAACAAAGGAGAAGUUGUUGCAGUACGCUAACCCCUCUGUUGGGGAUGAGGUUGAUGAUGAACUAGAUGCGUUGCUGCAUGCGCUAGACGUCUCCACACGCUCUAGCACCUCACUGACGGAGGCGGCGACGGUGAAAAGCCCAUUCGCUUCCGCACCUGUUGUCUCUCGCAAUGUUCUACAGGGGGACACAUCUUGUUUCCCGAGGAAUUCGAUGGACGUGGUUGACACAUACAAGGAGAUGACGUGGCAACUCCCGGAGAAUAACGGCUUUCAUUCCUACAGACAGGGGGUGAAACGAUGCCGUGUGGAGUCUCUUCCCACGUUUCCCGCCAUAUUUACAGCGUCACCGGAUUCACAAGUGGAGCUGUCGCAGGUCAUUCAUUACCAACGCGAGCCCCCUUCUAAAACUGCACCUGCGUGGGAUGCAGGCAACACGGAUAAUUUUUUGCCGGACCCCUCACUAUGGCGGUUCCAAGUCAGCAAUUCUCUCAAGGACUCCAAAGAUGAGGUGAUUAGAGCCAUUCGUCUCUUGGGUGGUCGUGUAGACAACAGUAAACUGUAUAAUCCCCAAACAACUCACUUGGUCGUUGCCGAAGGAUUGGCAGAGCGCACGGAAAAAUAUUUGAGUUGUUGUGCUGCACUUAAAUACAUUGUCUCUCCCCGCUACGUGUUUGAUUCUGUGAAGCGUGGGAAAUGGAUCGUCGAUCGCUUACAUGAGUACGACAAAAAUCCUUUGCGACGCUCGCCAACGUUCCCCGUAACGCCGCCAUUUCAGGGUUGGCGUGUGGUGUUGUUUACCUCCAGCACUUCUGUGGAUGCGGGUAUUGUGGCGGUGCUGAAAGCCGGUGGCUGCAGAGAUAUCACCUCUUACCUUUUUGAUGGUGCACAUACACCUGAUAUUGACUAUAAAUGCAUAGAAUACUCAUCGCAUCUGCUGGUAGAAUGCGAAGAUGUCUCAAAAACAGGGCGGUUUCUCGCACCGUCAUGGUUUCCGGAUAAGUUGCGACGACAAGAUCAUAGACUCUUCUCCCUAGAACUUUUACUUCAUUUAUUGUGCUUCUGCCACUCUCCCGUGUUUGGCGAAGGCGGACGCCCCAUAAAUGAGCGGUCGUUACCUCCGUCAUGUCUGCUGGAAAUUUGUUGA